AUGGCCUCAAACAGCAACAUCUCGGUUCUCAACGCCCUCGACAAUGCCCGCACCCAGAUGUACCACGUCACGGCCAUCGUGAUCGCCGGAAUGGGAUUCUUCACCGACGCAUACGAUCUCUUCUGCAUCUCAACCGUCUCCAAGCUCCUCGGCCGCCUCUACUACUACGACCCCACCACCGGCAAGCCCGGGAAGCUCCCCCACAGCGUCAACAACGUGGUCAUCGGCGUUGCCCUCGUCGGUACUCUAAGCGGCCAGCUCUUCUUCGGCUACUUGGGCGACAAGCUCGGCCGCAAAAAAGUCUAUGGCGUCACCCUCAUCCUCAUGGCCUCCUGCGCCAUCUGCUCCGGCCUCUCUUUCGGCUAUAGCCCCAAGGUUGUCAUGGGGACGUUAUGCUUCUUCCGCUUCUGGCUCGGCUUCGGCAUAGGCGGCGACUACCCUCUCUCCGCCACCAUCAUGUCCGAGUACGCCAAUAAAAAGACCCGUGGCGCCUUCAUCGCAGCGGUCUUCGCCAUGCAAGGCGUGGGGAUCAUCUUCGCCGGUUUAGUCUCCAUGAUCAUAUCCCGGGUCUUUCUCGGGAUGUAUGAAGGGCCGGCCUUCAGUGAGGAGCACGUGUUCUCCACCGAGCCCGAGGCCGACUACGUGUGGAGAAUCGUGCUGAUGAUCGGCUCGCUCCCGGCGUUGCUGACGUUCUACUGGAGGAUGAAGAUGCCGGAGACGGGGCGUUACACGGCCUUGAUUGAGGGGAACGCUAAGCAGGCGGCGGCGGAUAUGGGACGCGUGCUCGACAUCGAGAUCAACGCAGAGCAGGAGAAGGUGGCCCAAUUCAACUCCGCUAACGAGUACAAGCUUUUUUCGAACGAGUUCUUCGCCCGCCACGGAAAGCACUUGAUUGGGACGACAACCACGUGGUUUUUACUAGACAUCGCUUUCUACAGCCAGAACCUAACGCAGAAGGACAUAUUUCCAGUGAUGGGACUGACGCAGGAAGCCGGAAACGUAAGCGCGCUAAGGGAGAUGUUCGAGACGUCGCGGGCGAUGUUCGUGAUCGCGCUCUUCGGGACCUUCCCAGGCUACUGGUUCACCGUCGCCUUCAUUGAAAAAGUCGGGCGGUUCUACAUCCAACUAGUCGGUUUCUUCAUGAUGUCGAUGUUCAUGUUCAUCAUCGGGGUCAAGUACGAAUACCUCAAGAAUAAAGACCACAGGUGGACCUUUGCGGCACUCUACGGCCUCACUUUCUUCUUUGCCAACUUCGGCCCCAACAGCACGACCUUCGUGCUGCCGGCCGAGCUGUUCCCGACGCGGGUGCGCUCGACGUGCCACGCCAUCAGCGCAGCGUUGGGGAAGGCCGGGGCCAUGAUCGGCGCCUUCGGGAUACAGAACUUCACGCAGGACGGGAAACCCGACCAGAUCAAGAAGGCCAUGAUCGUCUUGGCCAUUACCAAUUUGAUGGGUUUCGGCUUCACCUUCAUGGUCACUGAUGAAUCGGCGAAUUUCUGA